AUGGAUCGCUCGCAAGCGGAGAUCGGCGCGCCGGGCCCGGACCGGGGCGCGGGGUCUCCGGAGGCGCCACCGGUCGCCGGUGGCGCCUCCGGAGACCCGGCACAGGCGGGGCAGGAGGUGAAGAGCGGCUGCACCUUCUUCGUCCAGGAGAAGCGCGGGCUGCGUCUCUUUCAGGUGCUCACGGCCCCCGGCGCAGAGAAGAAGGGCAAGAAGAAGCUCGUCGAGUUGCUGCACCAUGCUGACAUGCAGCAGGCAACCUGGAGUCCCUGCGGCCGCCGCCUCGCGCUCGUGUCCCAGGACCAGGCUCUCGUGGUCUUCGAGCACCCGACGUGGACGGUCUCCGACGUCUCCAAGCUCUGGCGCGGCCCCGCUGCGCUCGCCUCCUACUGCGAGAAGAAGGCGAAGAGCGAAGGCGCUGCAGAGGGUGCAGGGGAUGAAGACGAGAAGACUCGCGAUGAUGCCAGUCGUCCUGUGCUCAGAGACGUUCAGCAGUUUUCCCUGCCUCUGCCGGAGCGCGCCCUCGCGGCCACCAGUCUCGCACAGCCCAAGUACCUCCAGUGGUCCCCGCUUGGCACGUACCUCGUCGCGUUCUACAACGUGGAGAAGAAACGGAACGGAGAGGAAGAUUCCACAAGCCAAGACCACAACGUCUUCGUCUGGGACGUCGCCGCCAGAGAAGUCGUUGCCUCCUUCUUCGUCCGCAGACUCGUCGGCUCUCAGUGGCCUCUCCUCAAGUGGAGAGACGACGAACUCUUCUGCUGCAUCGCCUCGCGAAAUUGCAUACAGGUGUUUUCCGGCCACGACUUGAAGAAGAUGCUUUUGCGUUUUCCGGUCCCGCGCGUCUUCAACAUUGAGGUGGCGCCGUGCUUUUCGCCUGAGCUGGAACAAGAGCUGCUGAUCGGCGCCUUCUGUCCGGCGGCGGCGCCCGCGGGUCCCGCGCUGUCGAACGCGCAGAACGCAAAUCCGCAGACAGCGCAGUUCUAUGUGUUCCAUAUUCCGAGUGUCGCUACAGCUGCCGCGACGCUCGCCGCCUCCUGCGAUGUGGACUGGACACUAAACCCCCAGGCAAGACUCCAAGAACUCCUUCAGACGCAGCGCGCGAACUUGGAGAAGACCGAAGCCGCUGUGAAGGCCGCCCUCGCCCAGCCCGCGGGUGUCUGUGCCGCCGAGAAGAAGAAAGGCGAUAGUGACAGUGAAGAGGACGCGAGCGAAGGCGACCUCGCGACCUCGCGGUCCGGCGUCAAGCCCCUCGCUUUUUACACGGUGGACGAGACGGAAGUGAACGAGGCGCUCGCUGCAUGCGCUGACGCGGAGAAAUACGAAGCGGCUCUAGUCAGAUGCGUCGUCAGACAAGUCGUCGCUGCUGCGGACUCUGCAGAACUCGCCUGGAGCCCUUCGGGCACCGGCCUCAUCGUCAUGGCAAACACAACAGUCGAUGCUGCCGGCGAGAACUACGGAGGCGUCGGAGACUGCUGGUAUUUUUGUCGAGAACCUCCCGUCGAGGACCUGGCGCGUCUGCGGCAGGUGCACGGCGACAUGGUUGCGGCGUCUCGCGGCAAGUCUGAGAAGUUCCUUGCGCAACUCUCCGCCGCGGCGGCUUCUCUCCAGGCGCUCGCUGACGCCGCUCAAACGCUCUCCAGUUUCGUCAGAAAACUCAGCCAGAAAGUCGCGCAGGAUGCAAAGUGGAGUCCUACGAGAGACGAGUUCGUCCUCAUCGAAGGAAAAUCGCCUUCAGAUAUUUAUUUGCUCGACAAGCAAUGCCACGUCCGCUUUUCUUUCCCUCCCAAGUAUCGAAACACCAUCAACUGGGGGCCCUUCGGCCAGAUGGUCGCCAUCGGUGGCUUUGGAAAUCUUGCAGGCGAGCUGAGCUUUUGGUUCCGCGACAGCACCGUGCGAGGCAUGUCCCUCAUCACAGAGUGGCGAGCUGCCUGUACAGUCCAGAGCAUCUGGGCGCCGAGUGGCGACCUCUUCCUUACGGCUUCGACGUACCCUCGAAUGAAGGUGGACAACGUCUUUCGCGUCUUCGACUACGAAGGUGAAGAAAUCGCCUCAGUCAAGUUCGAGGAACUGUACAAGGUCGCUUGGAAGCCCGAGUCCGAUCUCUCGCCGCCGCCAGCUCCUCAGCGGAACGAAGUGGCUUUGGAGCAGACCCGCAAGGGAUUCUAUCGACCGAAGAACGCGCAAGGCAUUCUCGCGAGAGUGAUGAGAGGAGAACUCGACGAGAGCGCGUUGCCGGAGGAACUGCGGAGGAAGCCCGAAGAGUCGAAGAAGAAGCGCGGCGCGGCCGCAGCGGGUCCGGCUGGCUCUGCGGCGGCGACCGCGGCCGAGGGAGCGUUAGCGGCUCCGAAGAAGGCUGAGAGAGACUGGGGUGGCCUGCUCGAUUGGCGUCUUCAAGCGAAAGAAGAAAACCGCGUGUAUCCGGCUGCACCUGGAGGUGCGAGCACCGAGGCCGAGGAGGGGGCCCCACAGGCGGCCGAGAGUGGCCCUGGGCAGGCGCGGGCGCGCGGCCGCAGCAAGGGCGCCGUCGGAGACCAGAGCCCGGUGCCCGGCGCUGGCGGACUCGCGGCGAGUGGCGGCGCGAAGGGACCGGAAGCGACUGCCUCGGCGGAGGAGAGUCGGGACUCCUCGCAGGCGUCGGAGUCGGCGGGUGUGGGCAGUGAACGCGGCGAAGACAGAACAGCCUGCUUCUCGACUCUCAGCUCCCCGAGAGGCGACUCUGCGGUGGCCAGAGAGGCCCUGAGGGGUCGCGCCCUGUCGGACGCCGCGGAGCCCGGCCUCAGAGAAGACCGCGCGCGCGAGGUCCAAGGAACAUUCCAGAAAGAGAAGACCCUUGGACUUCCAGAAAACGAGCAACCACAGAGUGCGCAGGCCGGCCGAGAAGGCGGAGAGGCUGGCAGCGCAAAGCCCCCCAGCGAAGAAGCGAGUGGCGCCGACCCCCGUCUGGGCCUCGGCAGCCAACAACUCUCUGCGGUCCAGCAGCUCUUCUUGCAGGGGCGCUUGAGCGGUUCUUCCUUUUUCCAGUCUCUUCAGUCGGCGAGUUCUUCUUCGCUCUUCCGCGCGCCCCAGAUCGCCGCUCCCGGGACCCCGGCGCAGGGGUCCUUCGCCUCGUACCCCGGCGUGAUUGGCCCUUCGCGGGGGUCUGUCUCCACAAGCUCUGCGGCCGCGAACGGCUUCGCGAACGUAUCGCCUCGCGACGCGCCGACCCCGGGCGGGCCUGGGGCCCCAGCCGGCGGCCACGGCAGUUUCAACAAGGCGCCGGGACCCGCGACGGCGCAGCCGUCCGGGCAGUACGAAGAACUGCUGCGGGCAUUCCGGAACAUCGUCCCCGCCGGCGCCCUGCGCGUGCUCCAGGAGGGCCGCGCCGCAAACCCCGCGGGCGACGCGCGCGGUUCGGGCGCGUUCGGCGCGAUUCCAGGGGCGUCCCUCCACGGCGACCAGGCGGCGGUGGCGAACGCACAGGCGGCGCUCGGGGCGGUGCUCGCGCGGCUCCAACAGAACAAAAGCGGCGGGGCCGCGGGCGGGCCUGCCGGCGCGCUGCCGUUCCUCCAGGGGGCUCAGAGCGGGUCGAGUGCUCCCAGUGCCGAGGCCGCGGCCUUCUACGCAGAACUCGCCUCGCGGGUGCAGCAGCGGGGAGGCGGCGCGUCUUCGUUUGCCUCCUCGCAGCUUUUGAAGCAACAGCUGCUUCAGCAGUUCGCCAGGCAACAGGGACAGGCCGCUGAGGAAGGCGGGAGGUUCGCGCGCGGACCGGGUCAGGGAGAAGAAGCAGCGCCCGAAGGUCGCGGGGCGGCGCAGGGCGCGCGGCAGCCGGGCCCGCAGGGGCCGCCGGCUGGGCCUGGCGCUGCGGGGGCGGGCGCGCGGUCUCACGCGCAGGAAGUUGCGCAGCUGCUGGAUCACCUCCGUCGCGGACAGACAGCAGAAGCUGUGCAGUUCGCUCACGGGAGUCGCGCCGUCUGGUCGCUGCUGCAAGCGGCGGCGCAGAAGCAGAAACUGCAGAAGCUGCAGAGCCAAGUCAAUCCGAAGGAGGCGGCGCAGUUCCAGGGACCGCCGUCCGCGAAGAAGACCGGAAACGCGACGCCCGCCGGGUCCGCGAGUUCGGCUGUACGCACACCUGGGGCGGCGACGCCGGGCCUCGAAAAGGAGGUGGGCGGCGCGCAGGGCGGUUUGUCUCCUGCGUACGCGAGUCCGAGUUUCCAGAACGCUUUUCUCGGCUCUUCCUUCGGCGCGUCUCACGGAACUGAGACGCACGCGGGUGCAGAAGCGCCUUCUUCGCACGCACAGGAUGAAGGCUUCAUCGCAGACUUCAUGGCGCUGCAGAUGCAACGCAAGUCGACGGACUCGGCGACUGCGCAGGUCUCCGGAAAACAGGCCUUCCCGUUUCCGACAUCUCGACAGGCGGGGUCUGCGGCGCUGCCGGCGCGUGGGCCCCCAGAGCUCCGCAGCCCAACGUCGCUCGCGGCUGUGACCGCAGCUGCAGUCGACGCCUUGACCCAGCAGUAUCCGCAGUUGACGAAGGAACAGGCGGUCCUGCUGCUUCAGAAACUUCGACUGGGUGCCUCCGGGAGCUCACAGAGCGACUCCGCGAACGCCAGUGAGCACUUGGGUGCCUCUGCGUCGGGCAGCCUGUCCAUCGACACUCGCGGAGACCGCGAGCGCCACGGUGGAGCGGGGCCCGCGCCGGGUGGCGAGGCAGUCUCUGGGAUGAGCUUCUCGGGGAGUGGGGCGUUUCCAGGCUUUUCGUCCUUCGCGCGCGGCGCGGCUAGCCAGCUCGGCGGCGAAGACCGCGCAGUCGAGGGCCGGGGACGCAUGCGCGGGAGCGCGUUUGAGGCCGUAGGCGAAGAAGGCGGGAAGCUGGGGGCCUUCCAGAACGCGCAGCGAAGCCACGAGCUCCUGAACAGCGUGCGAAGUGCCGCGGCGAACAGGGCCGCGAUGGGCCCCGGGGCGGACCCUCUGCUCCGCGGCUGGGGUGCGAGCGGAAAUGCCUGCAGUCUCGCGAACGGCGCCGGCUUCCCAGACACCGGGGCCAUGCAGGGUCCCCCUGCCUCGUUUCUGCAAGACCUGAAUCGGAGCCGAGACGCGUUCGGGGAGGAUCGCAGAGAUGCCUUUGGAAACAUGCAGGAAACCCGCGCCUGCUUUCCGCGAAACAGCGCCCAGGGCGAACGCGCUGGCGCAGAGGCGUCCACCACGCAUGCCCCAUGUGGAGGCAAACCUGGCGGCAACGCAGAACGGGGCAAGCGACCUGACGCAAUGAAAGACAAAUGCUGGCAAUAUGUCGACCCCAAGGGGAACAUCCAGGGUCCAUUUCACCGGGAAGAGAUGGCGAUGUGGAACGCGAUGGGCUACUUCGAUCCGGCGCUGCCUGUGAGGUGCUGUGGCGCAGACCGCUUCAUUCCUCUCAAUAAACUUUACCCUCCGCCGCAGCAGCCUUUCUCGACAACACCGAAGCCUCAGCCCAUGCACAUUCAGUGAAUGCAGGUCUCCCUUUUCAGUGGUGUCUGCGUAACGAAACAUGGGUCCAUAUAUAUCUAUAUAUAUACACAUGUACAUAUAUAUAUAUAUAUAUAUUUAUAUAUAUUUAUAUAUAUAUAUAUAUAUUUAUAUUUAUAUAAAUAUGUGGUUACUUGUACACAUAUAUGUAUAUACAUGCAGAUGUUCAUGUGGACGCAAAGUAUUCUCGGUCUCUCGCUUGCAGGGCAAAUGUUCCUGCGCGAUGUUGUGCGAGAGAGUAGACGCGCCGAUGCGGUGCCGUCCGCAAGUCUCUGUUCAGUUUGCGCAAACGUGGAUAUGUGUGUGUAUGUGGCUUUGGAGGCGGAUCCCCGCCCCUGGCAUCUCCGUAGACUCUCUGAAGACACUGUCCUGUGAAUUUUUCGUCUCUCCCCAGGACUGUCGUCCGUGGUCUCAGACAGAGGCCUCACUUGAGUUGCAAACAAAAGAAACCCUCUGUGUGAUCAGGCAGUCAGCGGUG